CAAGGAACGUCCAGAAGUGCUUAGUGUUCGCCCUGUUCGUGCCAUCCCUAGACCAAAGCCCAUCAUGACUGCUGUUGGCGAUCGUACUGUAACCCCUAGCCUCGAAUCAGCCCAUGGUCUCACUGGUGUUUUGGACGUUCACGACAAGCUCAAGAUCUAUGGUAAAGGCGUCAAGGUCGGUGUGAUCGACUCUGGAGUGUACUACAAGCAUCCCGCUUUGGGUGGUGGCUUCGGUCCCGGCUUCAAGGUAGAGAAAGGAUGGGAUUUCGUCGGGGAUGCUUACACCGGUCUCAACGAACCCAUUGAGGACGCUGACCCGAUUGACGAAUGUUCUGACGUGUCCCACGGUACCCAUGUUGCUGGUAUCAUUGCCGCCAAUGCCACUGGAAUGGCCAAGGAAUGGGCGCCAGUUACUCCUUUCCUCGGUGUUGCUCCACAGGCCACCCUUGGUGCCUACCGUGUCUUUGGUUGCGAUGGCUCCGCUGGUGACGAUGUGAUUGCCAAAGCCAUUUACCGUGGCCAUGACGAUGGUAUGGACAUUUUGAACUUGAGUCUUGGAGGCGGUUCCCCCUACCCAGACAGUCCCGCCGUGUUUGCGGCGGAUCGCGUCUCCAGUAAAGGAACAUACGUCAUUAUGGCUGCCGGAAACGACGGUGAGGACGGUGUCUUCACCACCGGUCCACCAGCUGUUGCGCCAAAAGGAUGGAGUAUUGCAUCUAUUGACAACUCCAAGUUGGUGCAAUUCAGCAUUUUUGACGAUGCUGGCAAGUCCUACUCUUACGCUCCUUCGUCCGCUGGUGGCGGUUGGGUCGGAAAAGUGAAGGGACAAAUUGUCAUCAACAACCCGAACGCUGACCCUACAACCACUCUUGACGAUGGUUGUAAACCAGUUACCAUUGAUGCUAAGGGCAAGGUCAUCAUCUUCCAACAGGGUUCUGCCUGUGGAUCCGCCGUCCGUUGUGGAAAUGCCAAGGCUGCCGGUGCCGCUGGUUGUCUUGUUUACAACAACGUUCCUGGAAGCAUCAACAUUUUCGGUACUGCCGGCCUCCCUGGAGGUGGUUUGGACGACCAAACCGGUCUUGCCAUCGUCAAUGCUGUGAAAGCCCAACCCAACCGAGUGUGGACCUUUACCAACGAGUUGGGUAUCUCUGAUGUCCCUACCGCUCGCACGCCUUCCAGCUUCACAUCCCUUGGUCUCGAUGGAGAUUUGAAAAUGAAACCCGAGCUCGCUGGUAUUGGUGGUAACGUCUACUCUACCGCAUCCAAGUUUGCUGGUGCCAAGGCGGGAAUGCCCACUCCUUACCUCUCCAUGUCUGGAACAUCGAUGGCCACACCAUACGUCGCCGGUACAGUUGCGCUCUUUGUGCAAGCCCGCGGUAAAUUGGACACCGAGCUGGUGAAGGCUUACUUCCAGAACAACGCCAAGCCCGUUCACGUUAGCAACAAGGGUGAUGAUGCGACCCGCUUCGCAUCUGUCGCGCAGCAAGGUGCUGGUCUGGUUGAUAUCUUUGAGACUAUCAACACUCGUACCUUGAUUCAACCAUCGCGCAUUGCUUUGAACGACACCCUUCACCACAACGGCGUUCAGCGCAUUAGCAUCACCAACAACUACGACAGCCCUACCACCUACAAGUUGAGCGACUUUGGCGCCGUGGCCCUCACUGGCUCUGAGAAAGGUUCAGACCGACCCCUUGCUCAUCCCGUUCACUCAAACGAAAAGGCCACAAUCAUGUUUUCCCAAAAGGAAGUCACCAUCCCCGCAGGUAAAACUGUGACCAUCAAUGCCGUUGUCAUUCCUCCUAUUACCCUUUCUGGAGAUCUCUGGCCCAUCUACUCUGGCUUCAUCAACGUUCAGCCUGUCAUCGCCUCCAAGAAGGGCACUACCAACGCUGCACCUCUUACCAUCCCAUACGUCGGCAUGCGAGGUGACUACAGCCGGGCCCCAACUCUUUUGAAGAAGGAUCCUAAAAAUGGCCCCACCAUCGGUGCAUUUUCCGUCAAAAACAACACCCUCGCCCCUCUCGCAAACCCCAUCACCAUCAACCCAACCCAAAGCCCUGUGGUUAUCCGAUUGGCCUUUGCCUACCCAACUCGUGAAGCCUUUGUCGACAUUGUUCCCGCGUCACUAUUGGCUCCCAAGCCAAAGACUCACCUUGUCACCCUGGGUUCACAAGGCCGAUCCUACGGCACCGCUGACAAGAUUGACAUCCCAUGGAGUGGUGAAAAGACUCUGGACGUGCCUGCCGGUGGCGUUCCUGACAACAGCACAGUCCCUGCUGGAAAGUACAAGAUCCGCAUCUCGGCGUUGAAGCACUUUGCUAACCCCAAGCUGCCCUUUGCGUAUGAUACUUGGGAAUCUCCUGUGAUCACUGUGAAGUACUAGAUAUGUACUAGAAGUAGACGUAGUGUCAUUGUCGAUAAAAUGUUAGAUAGACGUCACAUGUGUGCGGGCGUGCGUGUGGGUGUGAUUGUUUGAAAUGGAGUUAUCUUCUGCCAGC